UGGUUCUGUUGAAAAAGUAAAUUUAACUUCCGUUCUCUGCAUUGGCGUCAGAAGCAGAGGUUUUGCAAUUUUAGCGUUUGGAUUGUAAGAACGACCGGAUGAUCGUGUCCGAACUAAAGUUCUUGUUGACUCGACGUUUAACUCUAAAGCAAGCUCGACAAAUUCACGCCACCAUCCUCGUCCACAAAUUUCAUCAUCUUAAGCCUCUAUUGGUACAUCAGCUUCUCGUUUAUUCUCCAACCUGCUCUUUUGAGUUACUUCGAUAUGUGAAAUCGAUCCUUCGGCACUCGCAAAGCCCGGAUUCCUUUUCGUGGGGUUGCUUGAUUCGCUUCUUGUCUCAGCAUGGCCGAUUCAGAGAGGCCUGCUCUGCGUAUGGCGAAAUGCAGGCGCUUGGAUUGUGUCCGAGUACGUUCGCUGUUUCUUCUGCUCUGAGAGCAUGUGCUAGGAUUGAAGAUGUUGUUGGUGGGAGGUUGGUUCAUGCCCAGGUUAAUAAGUAUGGCUUCAGUGGCUGCGUCUACGUGCAAACAGCGCUUGUGGAUUUGUAUUCAAGAUUGGGUGAUGUGCAAACCGCUCAGAAGGUUUUUGAUGAAAUGCCCAAGAGAAAUGUUGUUUCUUGGAAUUCGAUUUUGUUUGGGUACUUGAGAUUACGAAAUCUUGAUAUGGCGCGAAAACUUUUUAGUGAGAUUCCAGAGAAGGAUGUUAUAUCUUGGAACUCGAUGAUUUCUGGGUAUGCCAAAGCAGGGGAUAUGAAGCGGGCAGGGGCUUUGUUUCAGCAGAUGCCGGAAAGAAAUUCAGCUUCUUGGAAUGCUAUGCUUAGUGGAUACGUUGAUUGCGGGAACAUUGACUUGGCUCGAGAACUUUUUGAUGCAAUGCCCCAAAGAAGCGAGGUUUCUUGGAUCACAAUGAUCGGUGGCUACUCAAAAUGUGGGGAUGUCGAGUCAGCUCGUCUUCUCUUUGACCAUUUCGGCGAGAAGAAUCUGCUUCUAUAUAAUGCCAUGAUAGCGUGCUACGCUCAAAAUGGCAGACCCGCAGAAGCCCUUCAAUUAUUUAAUGGUAUGAUCGAGUGUGGUGUGAAAAUUUUUCCUGAUAAGAUUACGUUUUCCAGCAUUAUAUCAGCUUGUUCACAGCUGGGAGAUUUGAAGUUUGGAUCAUGGAUUGAAUCGCAGAUGGAGAAGCUUGGUAUUGAGAAGGAUGACCAUUUGGCUACAGCUUUGAUUGACUUGUAUGCUAAGUGUGGAAGUAUCCAUAAGGCAUACGAGCUGUUCAACAGCUUAAAGAAGAAGGAUUUGGUUGCUUAUUCAGCAAUGAUUCUAGGAUAUGCUGUAAAUGGUAAGGCAGUUGAUGCAAUACAACUGUUUGAAGAGAUGGUGGAUGCCCGCAUAUGCCCUAAUUCAGUCACUUUCACUGGAUUAUUAACUGCCUAUAGCCACACUGGUUUGGUUGAAGAGGGAUACAGAUCCUUCAACUCCAUGAAAAACUAUGGUCUUGCGCCUGCUGCCGACCAUUAUGGAAUAAUGGUUGAUCUACUGGGCCGGGCUGGGCAUUUAGAAGAUGCAUAUAAUCUAAUAAAGACCAUGCCUAUGCAGCCCCAUGCUGGUGUUUGGGGAGCCCUGCUUCUUGCUUGCAGGUCACACAACAAUGUAGAGAUUGGGGAGAUUGCGGCUCAGCAUUGCUUUAAAUUGGAACCUGAUAGAGCUGGUUAUCGUUCUCUGCUUUCCAACAUUUAUGCAUCUGUUGGGAGGUGGACCGAUGCGAAGCAAAUGAGGGAGGUCGUGGAGGAAAAGGCAUCAGCCAAAAUUCCUGGCUAUAGUUGGGUGGAGUCCAUUUAGGUCCUCCAUACCUCAAGUAUUGCUCAUUGGAAGCUUUUAGGCUGUUGACUCCCAGUAUGGCACCUCCUGUUGGGUGUUCACCAUCUUUCUUGUCCCAAGUCUCACAUAUCUCAGAUGUCGGGUGUUUAUGACGACUUGAUUUGUUUGUGAAUUGUUCAUGUCGGGGCCAAUCUAAGUCAGCUUAAGCAAACCAAGCUAGAUUUUUGACUCUGACUUUAGUGCAAGUCUAGUGCAAGGAUUAGAUGUGAAUUAUCAGGGUGGAGUCACGGGGUUUCAUGCCUUGUCUAUAGAAAAUACUUAAGGGUCAUCCUAAUAGACUUUGGCAUUGCAUUCUUAAGAAGCUUAUGAGAAAUAGAUUCUGUGUCUUGAAAAUACUGAAGGAUCAAGCAGCUUACUACUAUGCCCACCAGAAUGCUGAGGCAAUUAGGUAUGCUGAUUUCACAUGUGAAGUUCGUUUCUUUUUAGGGCUUAAUGCUGCUCAUGCACUUGCUUAUUCUCAAAUGGUUGCAACAGCAACUUUUGGGUUCAUUGUUGCUCCAUCCGAUGAAGCACGAUUUUGGUUUUGAAUGUCCUUCAGUAUUAAAUUGGGUUCUCAAAUCAUGUACUUUUGACAGUUAUCAGAUUCCAAGCGAAAAAGAGAUUCUCAGAUUUCAGGUAGCUCCAGUCCAUUUCUUGUCCUGAAUAAAUAAUGCAUUAUGCCAAAGGCUGAUGAUAUUAAUGAGAAAGCAAAUGAGCUAUUAUUCAAUGAGUUGGCCUAGAGACUGGUUAACCUGCUGAGAAGUGUUUGCUUUAGCCAUAUGAGGAUUCGGUGUCUUAAAGAGUUUUGCUAUUUUAUGCAGGUUUAUGCUGACUUUGGCAAAGCGCUUCAAUGCUCAAGAGCCGCUUGAAUACGGUUUGAUGGAUUGUAUGGUCCCUACAUAUCGAGGCCGAUGCCCCAAGAAUGCUCAAUGGAGCUGCGCUUGGAAAGCAGAUUUGGCAAAGCUUGCUAGUAAGCUCUGGUCUGUUGGAUAUGUGACCUUCAAAAAUGCUUCUUGGAAAUGCCUGCUUUUGGUUGAUUUAAGAUUGAGCCCGGCGCUUGAUAUCAUUUUGAUGAGAUGGUCUCUGCAAUUCUUUCUUCAAUGAGAAGGCUUCUCGUGGAGAUGGUUUCAUCUCCAUACGCUUUGAUUUUUUAGGUGUAUAUGUAGAAUUUUUCUUGGCACCUUAUCAGUUCUUUUUCUGAU